CUCGCAGCUCUUUCUUUUAUGGAUCGCAUUUUCCUCUUCCACUCUGUUCAUCUUUCUUUCUCUCUCUGUUAGGGCCAUCACUAUCCCUUUACCCAACGUUUUCCGACAGCGAAGUCUUCGCCGGCGAGCGCUAGAAGAAGGCCUCUCCGCCGCUUCCACUUCCGUACGAUUCUCCAUCUUCGUCGUCAUGGAGGUUCUCAUCGGUCCUCCCUCUUUCACCAUCCAGGUUGCCUCUUCUUCGUCUUUUGUCAGAGAUCGGACCGCUGCUUCUCCGCUCCCGCCGCCGCUGGAUCAUGCUCUUGAUUCGCCUUGGAACUGUUUCAAUUCUUUCCGAACUUACGCUGUCCGUAAAGCUCCGGAGGAUGAAAUCGAUUACCGUUCUGAUUCCUCUUCCUCGAUCGGAGUUCCUGAUGGUGAUGAGAGCGAGGAUGAGAGCAUUUCGUCCACUGGUGGAGAUCAAGAGGAGGAGGUUCGGAGUAAACUGGAUUCAGGAUUCGCGUCUCUCGGAUCGUUGGAAGAGUCUCUUCCGAUUAAGAGAGGCUUAUCGAGUCACUUUUCUGGAAAAUUGAAAUCGUUUGCGAAUCUAGCAGAGGCGAAAUCAGUAAAAGACAUUGUGAAACCUGAAAACUCUUUUAAUAAGAGAAGAAGAAUUUUGAUUGCGUCAAAAUUGGCUAAGAAAUCGUCGUUCUACACCUGGCAGAACCCUAAGUCGAUGCCUCUGUUAGCGCUCAGAGAAGUAGAUGAUGAUGAUGAUGAUGAUGGCGACGAAGAAGAAAAAAAAUCACCUGCUUCAUAUUCUUCAGAAGAUAAUGAAGAUGAAGAUGAAGAACCGAAAAUAAAAAGAGUUUCAGAUUUUCAUCGAAGACGGUUUAUGAGCUUCAAGUCGAGAUGCUUUUCUCUGGCGGAUCUGCAACAGCGGCACCAUCAACCACAAGAACAUUAAUCCGUAGCCUUAGCUUCUUCUUCUUCUUCUUCUUUUUUU